UUCAUUUCUUUUAUUGACUUUCAUGAAAAGCCAUAGAUGAUUUUCCUGUAGUAAAAGGAGUAUCAAGGAAUGGUUUAACCAUGGAGUGGGUCAAACUUAAGACUCUUGGCAAGGGUUCCUAUGGAGUUGUUCACUUUGUGAAACCCAAAAGCCCUCUUUUUGAUUAUCAAGUUUUUGCUGUGAAAACUUGUCCUUACCAAUAUUCUACUUCACUUUGGAAGGAGCUACAAAUCUUUAAACAAUUUGUUGAUUGUGGUAACAUUGUUCAAUGUUAUGGUGAUAUGUUGAGCAUUGACCAAGGUCAAGGGAUGUUGGUUUACAAUUUGUUUCUUGAAUACGUUUCAUGGUAGUCUUUUGGACUUGAUGAUCAAGAAAUAUGGGGGCAUGAUACCCGAAGGUGAUGCCAAGUGCUAUGCCAGAAUGCUGCUUGAAAGGGUUUGGGAUAUUCAUCAGAGAGGCUUUGUUCAAAAGCCAAAAAAUAUCAUUGUUUUUCCUUCUUAUCAGAAUGGUUCAAUUAGCAGACUGAAGAUUGCUGAUUUUGGCUUAGUUAGGCGACCUAGAGAAAGAUAUCACAUGCCAGAUCCUUGGAUGCCAACUUUUCCAGGUACAGCAGUUUACAUGUCACUAGAAUCUUUUAUUUAUGGACACAUCAGUACUACCUUAGAUAUAUCGUCCAUAGGGUGCAUUGUUCUUGAAAUGAUCACUGGAAAAUUACCAUGGGAAUAUCAGGACUUGACGGAUUUGGGGAUCAAGAUUGGAUUUUCAAUAUAUUCGCCAAAAAUACCAGAAACCAUGUCAAGCACAGGGAAAGAUUUCUUGAUGAAGUGUUUUCAAUGGGAUCUUGGUAAAAUGUGGACUGUUGAUAUGCUGUUAAGCCAUCCAUUUCUCCUUCCAGACCCAUCUCCAAUAAAAUCUCUUUAACAUGAUGAAGUCUAUAGUUGU